AUGAGUAAACGAGCAAGAGAGGAUUUUAGUGAAUAUGAAAAUUCACAUUCCAACAAAAUAACAAAAAACGAAUCUUUAGGAAAUGAUAAGAAAUCAUUAUUUCCAGACGAAAUUUACCAUGAAAUAAUUUCCUUCCUCGAUGACAAAUUCAAAAUUUUAACUUGUUCUUUAAUUUCAAAACAAGUUUUCAAUGUUAUUCGAAAAUAUUCGAAACUUAUCCUCCGCUUUUGCAGACCGAUUGAAUCAAAUGAAAAAAUGAUGAAUAAUCAAUUUUUAGAAAAUAUUGUGGAAUUGAGAAUCAGCACAAUAAUGCUAAAUGCCAAAGUUUUGGCAAAUAUUUUGGAAUCUUUCAAGUUUAUGACACAAUUGACUUCAUUGGAAAUUCCUAAUGUGGAUUUGGGGGAAAUUAGUGAAAGUUACUUUCAUGUCAAGGAUAUUCCUAAAGCAGGUAUAAUAUUCUGUCAAGCAAUUAGUCAAUUAACCAAUUUACAAAAGCUAAAUGUUAACAAUUGUAAAAUUGGAAAUUUAGGAGUUCAAUUUAUUACUCAAUUAGGAAAUUUAAUGGAGCUCAGUGUUAUCAAUACAGGAAUGGAUGCCAAGGGAUUGAACUUAAUUGCUACCCGAUUGAAAAAUUUAACCAAGUUGCAGUUUAAUGGAACAGUGCAACAUGUUACAUCACUGUCAAACAUGAAACAAUUGACAUCUCUUAGUAUGGGAUUUGAUGUCGAUGUAGAUGUGAAGGGUGCUAAAGCAAUUAGUGAAAUGAAUAAUUUGACAAAUCUUAGUUUGAACACCAAUGAUGAAGGUCUUGAAGAAAUUUGUAAAAUGACACAAUUGACCAGUUUAAAAGUUUGUGGAUUUUAUUUAACAACUUUAGGAUUGAAGUUUCUACCUCGAUUGAAAAAAUUAAGAAAACUAAAUCUUAAUGAUCAUGAAGAUUUUGGCAAUGAAGGUGCCAAAUUAAUAAGUGAACUUGAUCAACUGACAAGUCUAGAAAUUAAUGAUAUAGGAAUUGAUAAAAAAGGAGCCAAGUUUAUUACCAAUUUGAAACAAUUAACAAGCCUAACCAUUUCUAAUAACCCAAUAUUCAAUGAAGGAGUUAAAUAUCUUACAGAAUUGCCACAAUUGACCAAUCUCAAUGCACGUUUUACUAAAAUAGACAACGAAGGAGUCAAGUAUUUGAGUGAAAUGGCCAAUUUGAAAAUUCUAAAUAUCAAACGAAACUAUGUACAAGAUUUAGGAGUUGAAUCAAUUUGUGGAAUGAAAAAUUUAACUGAAUUAGAUAUUGAACAGAAUGAGAUUUCGGAAGAAGGUGUUGCAAAACUCAAAGAAAUGAAACAAUUGAAAGUGUUAAAAAAGGCGGAUCAACGAGCUUCAAAAGAAUGA